AUGGAAAAUACAUCUGUGGUAAAAUCAAUCAGAUUGACUGCCUUUAAUGGAAUGGAAGAAUUGAAGUACCUGUAUUUUCUAGUUUUCUUUUUUUUGUACAUCACCAUUCUAGCCAUGAACUUUGUUAUAAUUGUUGUGAUUUCUGUUGACAGAGCUCUUCAUGAACCAAUGUUCUUAUUUUUGUGUAAUUUGUCAUUUAAUGGAUUAUAUGGGAGCACUGCUUUGUUACCACCUCUGUUGGGUACUUUGAUGUCAAAAACUCAUGAAGUGUCUCUCUCCUGCUGUCAAGCACAGAUAUAUUGCUUACACACAUAUGCAAUAACUGAAUUCACUAUUUUAGCAGUGAUGGGUUAUGACAGGUAUGUUGCUAUUUGUCACCCCCUGCAGUAUCACAGCAUCAUGUCUGUUUCAAAAGUGUGUAAGUAUAUUGCAUUAUCUUGGCUUUAUCCACUUAUUGCAUUUGGUGUGUUUUUUUCUCUAACUUUGCGACUCAUAUUUUGUGAACAAGUUAUAGACAAGGUGUAUUGUAUCAACUAUUCUCUUGUCAAGCUGUCCUGUGAAGACACGUCCAUUGUGAACAUUGUUGGACUGUUAUCUGUUGUUGUGUAUACUGUUCCUCAGAUCAUAAUGAUAAUUUACUCAUACACCCAAAUUCUAAAGGUGUGUUUGCACUCCUCCAAAGAAUCAAGAAUGAAAGCAUUGAGAACGUGCAGCCCCCACUUUACAGCAGUGUUAAACUAUUCCGUUGGAUGCUUUUUUGAAAUAUGUCAGAACAGAUUCAACAUGGAUCAUGUACCUUAUGAAACUCGUACAUUCAUGUCCCUCUACUUUCUGAUAUUUCCUCCCUUACUAAACCCUGCAAUUUAUGGGAUCAGCAUUAAAGCCAUACAGCGUGGAAUUUUUACACUUUUCUUCUGUAAGAUUCAAAAAAUGCCUAUGUCGCAGCAGGUACAGUAG